UCAGCUCUUCGCAGUUUCCUCUCCUUGUUUUGCUUUCGAUCUGGACUGUUCUCAGGCAAGCCGGGGAGUAACUUUUAGUUUUGCUCCUGCGAUUAUUCAACUGACGGGCUUUCAUUUCCAUUUCACACACCCUAGCAACACUUAAACCUUGCGGAAUUGUAUUGGUAGUGUGAAAAAGCACACUGAGAGUGUUUUGCAGACGGAGAAUGCUGGGGUUCAUAAAUAUUAAUGCCGAUUUUUGGAGGAACAGUCGGAGCUCUUACGGAUCAUCUGAUUUUAGGGGAAGCAGGUUCUGCUGCUGUUGCUGCUGCUACUGGGGCUGCUGAGGCUGCAAGGAGGAGGAGGUAGAGAGGGAGGAGGAGGAGGAGGAGAAGGGUACCAUGCCCGUGGAAAGGAUGCGAAUGCGCCCAUGGCUGGAGGAACAGAUAAAUUCAAAUACGAUACCGGGGCUGAAGUGGCUUAACAAGGAAAAGAAGAUUUUCCAGAUCCCUUGGAUGCAUGCGGCUAGACAUGGGUGGGAUGUGGAAAAAGAUGCACCACUCUUUAGAAACUGGGCCAUCCACACAGGAAAGCAUCAACCAGGAGUAGAUAAACCUGAUCCAAAAACAUGGAAGGCGAAUUUUCGAUGUGCCAUGAACUCCUUGCCUGACAUUGAAGAAGUCAAGGACAAAAGUAUAAAGAAAGGAAACAAUGCCUUCAGAGUAUAUCGGAUGUUGCCGUUGUCUGAAAGACCUUCUAAGAAAGGAAAGAAACCAAAGACAGAAAAAGAAGACAGAGUGAAGCACAUCAAGCAAGAACCAGUUGAGUCAUCUUUGGGGCUUAGUAAUGGAGUAAGUGAUCUUUCUCCUGAGUAUGCCGUCCUGACUUCAGCUAUAAAAAAUGAAGUGGAUAGUACGGUGAACAUCAUAGUUGUAGGACAGUCACAUCUGGACAGCAACAUCGAGGAUCAAGAGAUUGUCACUAAUCCUCCGGACAUUUGCCAGGUUGUAGAGGUGACCACCGAGAGUGACGAACAGCCGGUCAGCAUGAGCGAGCUCUACCCUCUGCAGAUUUCCCCCGUGUCUUCCUAUGCAGAAAGCGAAACUACCGAUAGUGUGCCCAGUGAUGAAGAGAGCGCCGAGGGACGACCACACUGGCGGAAGAGGAACAUUGAAGGCAAACAGUACCUCAGCAACAUGGGGACACGAAGCACCUACCUGCUGCCCAGCAUGGCGACCUUCGUUACUUCCAACAAACCUGACCUCCAGGUCACCAUCAAAGAGGAGAGCUGUCCGGUGCCUUACAACAGCUCGUGGCCCACUUUACCAGACCUCCCCCUCCCGCCCUCCGUGACCCCAGCGCCCAGCAGCAGUCGGCCGGACCGGGAGACGCGGGCCAGCGUCAUCAAGAAAACGUCAGAUAUCACCCAGGCCCGCGUCAAGAGCUGUUAAGCCUUUGACUUCCCCCGGUGGUUGUUGGGAUGUCUUGGCUGUGUUUUGUUGUUUGUUUGUAUUUUAUUUUUCUCUCUGACACCUAUCUUAGACAAAUCUAAGGGAAAAAGCCUUGACAAUAGAACAUUGAUUGCUGUGUCCAACUCCAGUACUGGAGCUUCUUUUUAACUCAGGACUCCAGCCCAUUGGUAGACGCGUGUCUCUAGAGCCUGCUGGAUCUCCCAGGGCUGCUCCCUCAAGUUCAAGGACGUCAUAGGACCAACACCCACACGGGCAGCGCGGUGCUGCGUUGCCUGCGGUCAAGGCCAGCACAGUGGAGUGGAUGCCUCAGAACGGAUGAGAAAAUGUGAACUAGCUGGAAUUUUGUAUUCUUGUGAAUAUGUACAUAGGGCAGCACUAGCGACGUUGCAGUCUGCUUCUGCACCUUAUCUUAAAGCACUUACAGAUAGACCUUCUUCUUGUGAUCUUGCUCUAUUUCACGGCACAUUUCAGCGUUCCCCCUUCGCGGCCCUUUGUGUCCUGCCUCCCGGCCCGUCCCCUCCACUUCCCUUUCCUCCUUGUCCUCCCCGCAGAGGCUGCGUUCCGCAUCCCUGAGGAGGAGAAGAAGAAAAAGAGCUUCUCCACAGAUGUCCCAUUUUUAAGACUGCUUUCAAAAAAAAAAAGAAAGAAAGGAAGAAAGAGAAAAUCUAAUCUGCUGUGCUUGAAUGCCACGCGGUACAGAGGAAAACUAUCAUGGAGAUAUUAUGCAAAUUCCCAGAUUUGAAGACAAAAAUAUUCUAAUUCUAACCAGAGCAAGCUUUUUUAUUUUUUAUACAGGGGAAUAUUUUAUUCAAGGUAAAAUUCUAAAGAAAAUAUAAUUGUUUUUUAUCUUUUCUACAGCAAAUUUAUAAUUUUAAGAUUCCUUUUCUUGUUUAUCAGCAGUUGUUAUUACAUCCUUGUGGCACAUUUUUUUUUAAUUUUGUAAAGGUGAAAAAGCUUUUAUGAGCUCAUGUAGCAAUCAAAUUAUCCUGUGGAUUGAUAAUAAAUGAAUAUGAUAUAUAGUUAAAUUUUUAAUGGGCAUCAUGCCUGACUUUGUCUGUGUCUACUUGGGAGCACCACCAUGGGACAGGGCUGGACAAGUAUCGUUGCUUCUUGGGCAUCAAAACUUUCUCCCAUUUCAACCACGAGAAACCCCGGGGGGUUCUUAACCAUGAGGACCAAAUGGCCUCUUCUCUCGAAUGCUCACCAUGAGCCAGGUGCCAGGCUGCGUGUUUUACAGGAGUUCCCUUUCUCACUCAUCAAGGUUGUGUCCAGGAUAGAGACUUCUCUCCAUUUCACAUGGAAGAAAUGGUGACUUUUAAAAUGCCUUUGCUCAAGGUCACGUGGGUAGUAAUCAAGGGCACGAAUGAAGCCCAAGUCUGGUGUGACUGUGGAGGCAGUCAUUUACCUGCUCCCCCCUCUCCUUCUCCACCUCUGUGCUGCUCCUGUUCUUCCCCAUAGGCUUAUACAUAAGACGAAAAUUUUGUAUUUUUAAAAAAAAAAUUUUUAAGAACGUUUAUUUAUUAUUGAGAGACAGAGUGUGAGCAUGGGAGAGGCAGGGAGAGAGGGAGACACAGAAUCUGAAGCGGGCUCCAGGCUCUGAGCUGUCGGCACAGGGCCCGACACGGGGCUCGAACGCACAAACUGUGAGAUCAUGACAUGAGCCAAAGAUGGACGCUUAACCUACUGAGCCACCCAGGCGCCCCUGAAAAUGUUGUAUUUAUGUCACACACCAGGCCCAAGGGCAAGACGUUUUCAGUAACAGGAGGUACCUGUUGGGUUCCUAGUCUCCAUCAGUCCUCAUUCCAGGACCUGACCCUUAGACUGAGAAGCUGCCCUCAGUACAUAGGACAUGUCUUUUUGCAUGAGAAAACUCCAGACUCCAUCACCCAUUUGUCAUUUCAAGGUGUAUACCUGACCUUGGCAAAGCCACUGCGCUAACCUCUCCUGCUUCCGAGAUGUCUACAAAAUCCGAAAACUGAGGCUUAGCUGCCUGUCUGCUACCUCCAGGGUUGUGGAGGAGAUUGCCAAGUUAAUUUUUGAAAAGGUUCCUUCAAUGAAAGGACAGUGAGCUGUUUUUAUGCUUUUCUCCAUGUGUGGCUACAGACAUAAUGAGCGGUCAUAACAUUAUCCAGCUCUGAACGGAAAUUAACUGAAGCAUUUUCCUGGUUGAUGUGUUGAAAUGCCACAUCUGGAUGGUUGACUGCUUCUGCGAGGAGCACUUUGUGGACCGUGUGUUUACCUCAAUUUCAUGGGUGAGCCUCACUUUCUUAGUGAAAAAAGUCCCAGAGAACCUACUCGUCUUCAGAGUCCUAAAUAGAGGAGUCCAGCUCUCUGUGACUUGUAUCUAAGUCCUUUUAUUUGACCCUCCCGUUUUAAAAUAAAUUAAAAAAAAAAAAAUCGUAGCAGAACGUGGCCCUAAGCCACGUGGCCUGGCAGUCACUGGUUUGUGGGUCGCUCCUGGUCCCCGUCCCCUUCUCUCUUCCCAGCUUGUUUCUCUGAGGAGCCAGCUCACAUCCUGCCCCUUUGCGCAGCUCUGCGCCACCCCCGCUUGCGUCCCCCACCUCUGUGGGUGUAACCAAGACUUCCAGAACCUGACCAGGUGAAAGAAAGUUCAGGAUUUGGAAAUGCACAAUUGAAGUCCCAAGGAUCAUCAUCCAUGGCGGUGGAAAACAGAACCCCGUUUAAAUUCUUUCUGAGGAAGGCUGUAUUGUUUCUAAGUGUUACUAGCCAGUUGUGUAGAAAACAAUGGUGGGGGUUGACAUGAGGAAGAAAAGCAAAUGAGAUGGGGCAUCUCAGGGACUCAAGCCUCAGACCUUGUUGUUGUCAGUUAGAGGAAGUACCAGGGACAUGUGCUCCGUUUGGCUCGCGCCUGUGUGAGCUGAUAGGCUUUUAUGAUGGGCUGUGUGUGUGUGUGUGUCUAAGUAGCAAGUUGGAUGGAACGACUUCUGGAACGAUAAUCUCCAUUCUCUGCAGCCGGCAUCCAGGGCUCUCCCCUGAUAACAGAAACAGUGUACAGCUAUGAGCUAUGAAUCCAGUGACAGGAUCUUUCUCCCAGUCAGAAGGCCGAGAGAACCCAGCACAUCCUCCAACUGCACAAGGCUUCCAGAACACCAUUUGCAAGUGUCUAAAUAAAUCCAUGCUCAACCGUAGCAUUUUUUCAAUGUUUUGAUGAAGUAACUGCCAAAGGAGGUGUUUAGUCUGCGCAAAUGUAUUUAUAGAGGAGAAGAAAUACACAUGGAAAGAAAUCCACACAAAUCCAUUGGACAUCAACCCCCCCCAAACAGUAUCCCUUUUUUGCUCCUCGCUUCUCAAGUAUACUAAACUAUCAGGUACCCACUAAGGAGAUAAAAAUUUUAAGGAUGAGGAAGAUUAGAGAUUUGGUCUCAGCAUUCUGAAUUUUAAAACUUGUGCUUUUGGAAAUAUUUUGCAUGUGAAUGAAAAAGACGUUAAGCCCCAAUGGCCUCCUGCCCUAAACCAGAGAGAGGGAACAUUAGACAUUCCAUUUGCUUGAGGCUGUUCUUUGAACGUUGAAUUCAUUAGGUUUUAAAAGCCCCUGUUAUUCUAGCUGUGGACCAACAGACUCAGAUAAAAGGUGAAAGUAAGAACCCCACUCUUCUGCCAAAUUUCUACUGAAGAAAGACAAAGAGCAGGCGAGGAAGAGGUUUGCAACGAGGUAGCCGAGAAGGGUCCCUGGCAUGCAGUCUCAGUACCAGUUUCGGUUUGGAAAGAGAAUGGAAACAGAAACUGGUUUUUACCUGGUGGUGUUCAGUUACCUCAUCCUAAAAUUCCAUCCAGUGGUGUACCCAGGGCCACGAUGAUCAUAGCCAGCGGGAGGCGAACCUGACCAGCCAAGGGCACCGGGAGCCAGCUCUGCGUCUGUUCCCGGGCCACAGUGGACCCCUUCCCAAGAGUGUCACAGCCCACGGGACUGUAGGCUUCUCGGGGCUGUGUCUCAGUCAUGCCUGCAUCCCAACAUGAGGAACAAGGUUGGCAGUCACCCCCAGAAUCUCUUCCUCCUCCUCCUCCUCCUCAGAGAUCGACCAUUCCUGUGUCAAAAGGACAGGGCUGGGGCUCGGGAACGUGGCCAGCCCCAGACCUGGAGAGGAGCCCCACGGCGUGCCAAGAAGGUGCUGGGUGAAACGUUAACACCCUGAGGCUGCCUGGCCUCUGGGCCCCAGCGCGCCCUUCUGGACACUGACCCCGUCCCCACGCUGCAGCUCGGGCAUCCCUGGCUGUGCUGUGGGGGCAAAUGAGGGUUUGUUGCGUUUCCUUCUGUGGCUGUGCUAACAACAGGUGCAGGGGCUCCGUGUCUCUGCUACUGAAAAUAGUGCCUGGAAGGAAGGAAGUGGCCAGGCCUAAUAGCUGGUUUUAGCAGAAAUGUUAAGUCUGUCCAAGAACUUGAGUCAUGCUGUGGAAGGAGCAAGAUGCAGGACAUCGCAGAGUGCACACAGUCCGAAAAACAUUUUCUGGAGUCCUUUGACCAAUUUCAUUAGACGGAAAGCUGCAUGUGCACUUCUGUUCCUCUAAGCAAGCUGCUCUUUGGAAGUUUGGUCAUUUGCUCUGUAGCUGCUCUGUAAACACAGGGGAAUGGAGAAUGCUGGCUCCGGGGAAUGUGUCGUGCCGGGAUUGUGCAAGCACCGCUCGGUGAACCCCUUACACGCGUGGCUGGGGAAACACCACCAUCACAUGCCAUGGCCUGCGCGGCACCAACAGUUGAUUUUAAUAACACAACUGUUUUUGCAGGUGCAAAAAAUUCCAGAGCGAUUGCAUCUCUCAGUUUCAGUUUUGGUUGAGAAGAACGUUUCAAAAUUGAAACACCCCAACACCCAUCCGCAUGAAUCCUCAGGGAAGGAGAAUACCCAAAAUGUUCCAUCUGCCAAAAGCUUGGGGCCCAGAUCUGAGGAUGCUCAUGUUCUCCUAAUUUUCCCCAAGGCACCAGUUGAAAGGUGUUGACAUUUCGAAUCAACAAGUUAUAUGCUUGAACCCGCUGUCUGAAGUUUCAGGAUAAUGUUAGCAGCUAAAGAAGAUCCUGGGCCAUCCUUUACCGGGACGGGCUAAUUCUAUUAUUGAGUGGCUUAGAAGGAGCUAAGAAAACAUUCCUUUCGUAGAAGUUGAAAAGGUCAGAACUUACUGGUAGUUACUUUUAGUUUUUACAACACAGAAUCAAGUAAAAAAAAUUUUUUUUAAUGUUUAUUUAUAUUUUCAGAGAGAGAGAGACAGAGUGCAAACAGGGGAGGGCAGAGAGAGAGGGAGACACAGAAUCUGAAGCAGGCUUCAGGCUCGUAGCUGUCAGUACAGAGCCCAGCGCGGGGCUCAAAUUCACAAACCAUGAGAUCAUGAACUGAGCUGAAGUCGGAUGCUCAACUGACUGAGCCACCCAGGUGCCCCUCAAACAAAAAUUUUAAAUGCCUUAUAAAACCUCCAAGGGGAAUUAAAUAAACUUUUGAUUAUUGAGGUGAUUCUCUGGGUCGGCAAUGUAAUACCCAUCUAUCAUGGACCAGUUUGCACCACAUUUCCCACAAGAUUCAUGUGAUGCAUGACAUUUGGCUCAGCAAUUUCAAAAUUAGGUGUAUUUCAACGUACUUAUAAAACAGGCUAUCAAACAAUUAAGCUUUUGUGCUUUUUGGGCUCAUGGAUGGGAUGAGGGAACUUAUAUGGCAGAUGGUUUGUCAGAGCCCAAACAUGCGCCAGGUGUGAGGGCAGGAGUACUCCCUCCUAGGGCCUCUGUUUGCCUACAUCGAUUAACAUCGGGGCUGAGAAAGCUCUGGAAGAAGAGCUAGAAGAUAGAGACUAGAUCCUGGGAUGUGACCAGCUGGAGUCCAUAAGACUCUGAAGGUGGUAGGUGAACAUAAGCUGUUCUCGUAGCGUCAAGACUGUUGCUUGAGCCCAUAAGGACACUUGGCCACCCUUGAGAAGCAUGUGUACCCCGAGGAGAGAAUGGCGGAGGGUGUGGAGAACUGCCACCUGAGGGCCCCUCCCCCUCCUUAUCUCCCUGGCUAGUGGUUUGAUGAGUCGUGGCCUGAGCCCGAGUGGCAGAUCCAGUAGAAUGACCAGAAUGACCCUGGAAAGGGCAGAAGCAGAUGGCCAGGAGGAGCUCUCAGACAUUCUGGAGUAGGGCCCCAUCAUUGGGACAUAGGGUGGCCUUAGCCAAGGGAUGAGAACUUGGCUACAAGUGGCUAGGUAGUGGGGCCGGCAGGCGGCCCAGGGAAGCAGCCACUCCAAGCCUAGGGAUGGACGAGGUGUACUUGGUGGGUGGGUGCAUGAAGCAGAGAACCCAAGACACGAGAGCUGGAGGGGACCUCAAAACUGGGUGGUAGUAAUGGAAAAGGGUUCUGCUACUGAAAUCCUUAGGUUGCAUAGGUUGGGCUUUCAAGUUAGGGACACAGUCUAUGUGUCCUAUGGUGUCACAUGGAUGCAGGAUGGUAAACAUUGGGACAUUCAAAUUACAAAUGAAUAAUAAAAAAUUGGGGAUGGGGGGGGCGCCUGGGUGGCUCAGUUGGUUGAGCAUCCGACUCCGGCUCAGGUCAUGAUCUCAGGUUUGUGAGUUCGAGCCCCACGUUGGGCUGUCUCCUGUCAGCGCAGGACCUGCUGCGGAUCCUCUGUCCCCCUCUCUCUGCCCCUCCCUUGCUUGCUCUCUCUCUCUCUCUCUCUCUUUCAAAAACUGAAUUAACAUUUUAAAAAAAGUUUUUUUCAUCGUAGUGUGACCAUUAUGAUGUAAAAGUGUAUUUCUUCUUCAUUUCUUCAAGACUGUCGAGAUUUCCCCUCCUGUCUCCUCUUUCCUCACCAUCAGAUCUGUAAGGAACACCACUGCUUCUCCAUGUAUCUGAUUCUCCUCCAGAAACAAGGCUUCUCUCAUGAGUGUUCCUUCACUCACAUUGAAGACCCUACAGGGAAUCAAUACCACAUACAUGUGCCUUCUAGAGAAUUCUUUUGAAGGAUGAGCUGCUUCCAGCAAGGGAUAGGUGGGGAAAACGUCAACAAAAGCACCGAUGAUGAAAAUUUAACGUAUAUACUUGUAUAACUAACACCAAAGCAAAGUUGGGAAUGUGAUCAAAUAAUAGAAUGUAAACAUGUGUUCUGGCCAAGCAGGAAGAGUGUAACUAAAAAACGGUGGAAGAAGGGAGGAAGAAGGGACCACCAUCUCAUUCAUUGUUCAUUCUCUCGUAUUAUUCAUUAUAUCAAUGAUAUUGACAGAUACUGGGUAUGAGUCGUAUCACACCACUUAAAAUGGACAAAACAAUAAAAAGUGAAGAAAAAGAGAAAUCAAAGGUAUUAAAAAAGACAUAAGUCUAGAAGUAUCCAAAUGUUCCUGCAUGAAAACAACAUGGCCAAAUAUCUUGAUCCAGUAAUAUGGCUGCUACAGAUGGAAUGUUUGUGUCUGUCCAGAAUUUGUAUGUUGAAGACUCUUUCCUCGGUACUGGGAAAUGGGGCCUUGGGAAGUGAUUAGGUCACGGGGUAGAGCCCUCAUGAAUGAGAUUCAUGCCCUUAGAAGAGAGGCUCCGGAAAUCUCCCUCCUCCCCUCCAUUAUGUGAGGACACGGCAAAAAACAGCCAUUCCAUGCCUUUAUCUCAGACUUCCCACCUCCGGAACUGUGAGAAAUAAAUUUCUGUUGUUUAUAAGCCACCCAGUCUAUGGUAUUCUUGGUUUAGCAGCCUGAAUGGACUAAAACAAUGGCUCUGGAAAUUGCUCAGUUCAGUGAUUUGAAGGAGAGGAUAAGGAAAUGUUCACACACCAGACUCUGGGGAGGGGAAAGUGUGUGUCUAGAAAGAAAACAGUGCUUUGUCUCACUGCUUCGACUUGUUUCUAGUUAUGGGAUUUCAUCUGUUUUGAAUUUUAUAAACAUUUCAAUAAUGUAUGAGAUUUUUGGGAUGGUGAAAAGAGAAAAUGGGUUUAAAAGGGUUAAGAAACAGUAAUCUAAGCAAGUUUCCAUAUUUGGAGGAUAAGUGCAAGCACCUGAAAUCGAGUCUCUUCAUACAGACUUUAAAUUCAACAGGAGCACAAGAGUACCACCCGUAGCCCAUGACGUCAGCAUGAGAAGAGACAGAAUACCCCAAACUUCAAAUUACCAACAAGGAGAGAAAUGAAGGCUGUAUCCCAAGAGAGCUCCUAUCACUUGUCACUAUAACCUGGGUAAGAGCGUGGGAGAGAGACUUAAAAUCUCCAGGAAAAAGAGUAAAGAGACAGGGAGCACUUAGCUGUAGUGUAGACAAAAACACUCACAGAAAGAGCAAGUUUUAAAACUAAGUGAAAUGUCUACCGCACAGUGAGGGAGAAGGUGCUUGAAAGUGAACAGAACCAGAAAUAGCCGCUACAGGAAAGCUUUACUUUGUGGGAGAAUCAGGUAAACCAAAAAAGGGCGGUGCACCUUAGAGACCUGGCAAUGAACGGAAAAGAAGGAACUAAGAAGAAAACUUAGGAUCUUGCAGAAAUGACACAUAAAUAAGACCUGAGGGCUCUGCUCCCCAUCACUGUCCCCCAGAGACAUUUUACCUUGCGGCACGGACAGCUGACAGUGUUCUUGAAUUAGGAAUUCUGUUAAAAAUGGCUCAGCAAAAGAAAAAAAAAAUCAACCUAACUCUAUAAAGAGAUGCUAUUAGAAGAACCCAGAGGGGUGCCUGCGUGGCUCAGUCGGUUAAGCAUCCAACUUUGGCUCGGGUCAUGAUCUCAUAGUUCAUGGGUUUGAACCCCGUGUCGGGCUCUAUGCUGACAGCUCAGAGCCCUGAGCCUGCUUGGGACUCUGUGUCUCCCUGUCUCUCUGCCCCUCCCCCGUUGCACUCUGUUUCUCUCUCUCUCUCAAAAAGAAAUAAACAUUAAAAAAAGAAAAAAAAGAAAAAGACAAUAGAUUUGGAUGUUGCAUGAUUUCAACAUUGAACAAGGGCAGUUAAAUGAUCAGGAAGAUGAAAAUAAAAUAAAGAAAGGUGUAGCCGAGGUGGAAGACAAUGUGAUCGAAAUGGAAGAUAGGCAAAUAAAGUGCAACAUAUAGAAUAGCAGUUCCUGAAGAAGGAAAACAAAGCAAUGAAACAUAACUAUAAUCCAAGAAAACUGCAGAAAUAAGAAAAAAAUGUAAAUCAAUAUUUUAAAAGGCUCACUACAUAUCUAGGAAAAUUUUCCAGAAAGAACUUGAGGCAUUUUGGGGUAAACCAUGAGAUUUAAAAACAAUUUUUUUAUUGCCUUUAUUUAUUUUUGAAAGGCAGAGAGAGACAAAGCAUGAGUGGGGGAGUGGCAGAGAGAGAGGGAGACACAGAAUCUGAAGCAGGCUUCAGGCUCUGAGCUGUCAGCACAGCUGACAGGGGCUCGAUGUGGGGCUCGAAGUCACGAACUGUGAGAUCGUGAUCUGAGCUGAAGUCAGACGCUUAACCAACUCAGCCACACAGCUGCCCCCGAACCAUGAGAUUUUAUAGACACACACACAUACCCACAAUCCUCAGCACCUGUAUUGAUGAUAACUUACAUCAAACUGGUGGCUUAAAGCAACAUAAAUUUAUUUUUAUACAGUUCUGGAGUCUGGAAGUCCAAAAUCAAGGUGUCAGUAUGUUCCCUUUGAAGGGUCUAUGAGAGAAUCCUCUAGGCUUUUCUCAGCCUCUGGUGACUCCAGGUGUUUCUUGGCUUAUGGCCACAUCACUCCAAUCUCAAUGUCUGUCUUCAUGUGGCCUUCUCCUCUUUAUCCCUGUGCAUUUCUUUCACUUCCUCUCUCAAAUUUACAUCCCAUCCUUUUCUCUUUUAAGAACACUUGUCAUUGGGGCACCUGGGUGGCUCAAUCGGUUAAGUGUCCGACUUCGGCUGAGGUCCAUGAUCUCACAGUUUGUGAGUUUGAGCCCUGCAUCAAGGUCUCUGCUGUCAGCACGGAGCCCGCUUCUGAUCCUCUGUCCCCCUCCCUCUGCACCUCCCCUGCUCGUGCUCUCUCUCUCAAGAAUAAAUAAACAUUAAAAAAAAAAAAAGGACACUUUUCAUUAAAUUUAGAGGCCACCUGGGUAAUCCAAGAUGACCUAAUGUCAAAAUUCUUGAUUACAUUUGAAAAGUCCCUUUUUUCAAAUAAGGUAACAUUCACAGGGUCCAGGGAUUUGGCUGAGGACAUACCUGUUUUGAGUCACUAUUUAGUCCAUUACAGGGCCUCCCAGCUAACAGGUCAAAUUACUUAUAAGGGUAAGAAUAUUAAACUGACAUCAGACUUCUCAUGAGCAACUUAUAAAGCCAGUCAAUAAAGGACAGCUUUUUAACAGGCUCAAGAACAAAGACUGUGAGCCAAAGAUUUUCUAUCCAGCCAAGCUUACCUUCAAAUAUUAAGGUUAAAGGAAAUGGUUUCAAUAUGCAGUAACUCAGGGAAUACUGUAUACGUGUGCCAGAGAGGACUCUUUUAGAGGAUGAAUUUUAUCUAACCAAGAGAUAAUUGGUAAACUUGAGCAAAAGCACUAGUAGUGAAAAUGUAUUUUAUGAUGUAAUCUUAUUAUAUUAUAUUAUUUUAUUUUAUUAGCAUUAAUUAAUUAUUAUGUUAUUUAUGUUGUAAUAUAUUUAAUUGCAUAGCUAAGACUAAAACGAGGGUGAGAAUAUGGAUUGAAGAGUAGUAUCUCUAUAGUUUAUGCUCUGGAAAAGUAAAACUAACACAACCAAAAAAAAAAAAAAGAGAGAGAGAGAAAGAGAGAGGGGGAGGGAGGGAGAGAAACAGCAAGGUAGGACAGUAAAAUUGACAGUUGUAUAGAUAAGUGAAGAAGGAUACAAAUGGACAUACCAGAUGGCAAAGCCUUAGUAAGAAAAAAAGGGAGAUUAAGGGCACUGUCAGUGGAACAAAUACAAAGACAGCCCCUGGAACAGACAUACAAACAUUCUGAAAUGCCAAAAGCAAUGAACAAAGAAAUUGCAAAGAAAAUAUGCCCAAUGAAGAAGGGAAGACAGUAAAUAUAACACAAGCAUGAUUAAAACAUAAUGUGAUCACCUUGAGACUAAACAUGUAAGACAAACCAGUUAAUGGAAUGGACUUUUCUGGUGUCUUCUCUUUUCUUGCUAUAGGGACAAACGAACCAAUUCUCAAAUUAGCUCACAAGGCAAAAGCAGAUCCCGUGUUAUAUUUAAUAGACGCACCUCAAACACAGUGAUUCAAAAGACCCAAGAUAAAGAAAUGGCCAAAAACACACCAUAAAAAUAAAAACAGUAGAAAGACAGGGUAGUGACUCAUAUCGGUUAAAGUAAAUUCAGGCCAAAAACCUUUAAAUGAGACAAAAAAUACACUUAAGGCUGAAAACCACAAUUUGCAAUGAAGAGAAAUGAUGAACAUCUAUGCACCAAAUAAUACAGCCACCACUAACAUAAAGCAGAAAUUACAUGAGAUGAGAAUAGAAGAAGAUAGAAAAUAGAGACUUCAGCACCACAAACUCAGCAUGACAGGUCUAACACAAAGGAAAUAAAGAUAUACAUGUUUUAAACAAGUUAAUAAAUAAUAAGGUAGAACUUGUGCGCAUAUGUUUAAUACUAUGCCCUAAUAAUAGAGAUUAUAUCUUCUUUUCAAAUGUAAUGAACAUGGAUCAUUUUGAAAACUUGAUCAUAUAUUCAUCUUUAUGGUCACACUAAAUGAACCCGGGUUAAGUUUGGUAGACCUCUGCUUUUAUUGCAUGUGAUGCAUGUGCAGUGAAAACCGUUCUCACUUUAAUACGUAUCCCUGACCUUUUCCAGACACAGCAUAACUAAUAUCUCCUUUUGAAGGUCAGCACGUGGGCAGCUUAACAUACACCAGGCUUUCAGACACCUGUGUCUCAGGAUCGGUGACUCCUUUAAGUCUCCAGAUCUCCUGAAGGGGGGGUCUGUUGCUCGUGCUCAGGCGGAUCACUCGGUGUGCCCGUCAGCUGUGCCCUGCGGUCUGUGCUGUGGCCUGUGAGAUGGAUGGCAGCAUCACAUUGCCACUCAGCAAGGUCAGUGGCAAACAUGGGAAACUACAGGGUGGUCGUACGUGAAAUACGUGCAGAAAACAAAAGCUGAGCGUGGCUUCCGUAGCACAAAUACAAAAUGCCCCGAAUGCUUUUCCCGCAGUGGUUUUGCCGUUCGCUGUAUGGUCUGAAUCCACAACUAUUCAUUCUGAUAUUUAAUAAUUCCUUUUUGUUUGUUUGUUUGAUAAAUAAACACUGUGGGGAACAAUACCCUUUUUUAAAAAGUACAUGCUUAGUGAAACAAAUUAUUACUAUCUUUUUGAUUCUUGGGGAAGUUAUAAUGAACAUGUAAUUUACACUAAAUUUUUGUGACAUUCACCAUCCAGCCAGGGACUGGCCACAAGAAAACCUGUGGACAAAACCUACUAAAGGACUGUCAGCAUCUAUUUCAGAAGUUAGUGGUUAUUUUAAGAAGAUUGUAGGGGCGCCUGGGUGGCUCAGUCGGUUAAGCGUCCAACAUCAUCAGCUCGGUGAUGAUCUCGCGGUUUGUGAGUUUGAGCCCCGCGUCAAGCUCUGUGCUGACAGCUUGGGAGCCUGGAUCCUGCUUCAGAUUCUGUAUCCCGCCCUCUCUCUCUGCCCCUUCUCUGCUUGUACUCUCUCUUUCCCUCUCUGAAAAGUAAAUAAAGAUUAGAAAAGAUUUUUUAAAAAGAUCAUACUUGAAGUUGGCUAUUUAACAUAGUGGAUACCAAAAAUGUAUUUAUGUAUCACCGUGAAGCAGUGGUGACUUUGUAUUUAGAUCAAAUGUCUGUUUUUCUUUUUUCUCUUUAAAAAAUUUUUAACGUUUAUUCAUUUUUGAGAGACAGAGAGAGACGGAGUGCCAGCAGGGGAGGAGCAGAGACAGAGGGAGGCACAGAAUCCGAAGCAGCUCCGGGCUCUGAGCUGUCGGCACAGAGCCCGACGCGGGGCUUGAACUCACUGACGGGACCACGAGAUCAUGACCUGAGCUGAAGUUGCAGGCUUACCGGACUGAACCACCCAGGUGCCCCCAAAUGUCUGUUUUUCUACAUGAACUUUUGUAUUUUCAGUAAUGGUGCCCCCAUUAUUUGGUUCCAGCAGGACUGCUCAGCCUGUGCCUUGAUAGUGGCCAGGAAAGUCCAGGACCUCCAGAUGCAGCAUGCAGAGACAGUGGGUGAUGCAAAAUGAGGCCCUUUCUCAGAAAAUAAUUCAACCCGAAAAAGUAAGGGAUAUCUUGCAUUGAAUGUGGAAGAUUUCCUGGCCAGAAAUGAGAGGAAAGGGUUUCUAGCUGCUCCGGUAGAGACGUUACUCUUUCCUGUCCAGCAACCAAGGGCCGCUAUGGCAGAGGCGCGUGGUCCUGUUUGCUUUUCUUAUGUCGGUCUGCGGGGCUGCGGGCACCAGCAAGAGGCUGUAUUCUCACCCUGGGGCUGGCUCUCAGUGAGAGAGGCACUGAGCCCCUGCUAGGUGACUCCUUCUUCCAGACACUGGAUCUUGGCCUGGUUUGUUGGCUUUGCCCUCCCAUGUACGUUCAUGUCACAUAUUUCCAGAUUUUUUUCAGAGGCAGCAAGGCAAAGCUCUUCCUGCUAAAACAUGAAGGGAGGGGCUUUGCUGUAUGAGAGCUAGUAACCAUGAGGAAAAGGUUUUUGCUUUAUAAUUUUACUCAAAAAGAAACAAAAGACACCCCAAACAAACACAACCAUACAUGUUGCACACAAAACUGCAAAAAAAUACUUUUUGUAGGAUUAAGUCCUAAUUCCUGUAUCAGAUGUGAGUUGGGGUUUCAACAACAGCUAAUUCAAGGGAGGUUCAAGGCCGUACAAAAGGGAGCCUUCGUAUUUUAGCACAGCCGCGAAAAUACACAUUUGCCUUUGAGCCCUCAGGAAACAAAAUCCGAUCUGAAAGAAAUUAGUCUCAUGGUAUUUCAGGCAGGAAGUUUAAAAUAAACGUUCACUAUUGUCUUCUUCUUCCUUUUCAGAUUGGUUUUCCCUCCAAACUGUGCUUUGAAUUCUCUUAUCUCCAAGGUUGGAGCUGGAGCGGGAGUUGGGAUUACAGAAAGUGUGGAGGAAGGCACAACUUUUCAGCUGGUGGAUACGGUGUCAGCUCUGUGGGCUCAAUAGAGUUCUCAAGGCCUUGUGAGUUUUGAAAACUGCCGUAUUUCCUCUAAUUUAAGACUCGCUCUAUUUUUCUUACAUGUCAAAAUAAACAAAAAAAUAAAAAAAAAAGAAAUUGCCCCAUCACGCAGGGCGAGUUAAAAAGUUUUCAAAGCUAGGGGGAAUUGUUGUGACCGUUUCAUGCAUCAUUAAAAAAAAAAAAAAAAAAAAAAA